UAUGGAUUCGCUGCGGACCGGAAUACUUUUCUCUCUCCCUUUUAAAAAAAAAAAGGAAAAAAAAGUGAUUCAGGCGUCAAAGGAGGGCAGGGAUGCCUGUUUAUUAAGUAGUUGAAAAGGAUCCAUGAAGCUUUAAACUCAGCUGGAGAAAACUUUUGAACUGGAACUGGGAUACUUGGAAGAUACCUGAGAUUUGUGUAGAAAGUCGUUUUUAUAUGGUAAUUUCACAACACCUUUAAGGCUGCUAUAACCGUGAAUAAUCUACAGGUUACCUCAGGAGAUCCGGUGUCCUCCCUGCACGGAUAUUAUGUGCGCACUGGAGUGAUUUUUUUCCCCCCUCUGGGUGCAGGGAUUUGUUUUUAUUUUCCCAGAGAGAGCGGAGCUGAUCUGAGGGCAGAGGGGAGCUAAAUGCGGCUGACUGGCGACCCUGCACCGGGAACCAUGAACAGCAGCGGGUCUGGCAACUUUCUGCUGGUCCCCAUACCGGAGUACCCCCUGCUGGACUGCGUGCCCAACAAGACGGUGAAGAUUGUGGUGCUGGGAGCGAGCAACGUCGGGAAAACCGCUUUAAUCGUAAGGUUUCUGACCAAGAGGUUCAUCGGUGAUUAUGAAGCAAACACAGGGGCGCUCUACUCCCGAAAGGUCACGCUGGAUGGGGAGGAAGUGUCGCUUCAGAUCCAGGAUACACCCUGUGUCGCUCUCCAGGACAAUGCUGAGGAUCUGUACUGCCAGGAGCAGAUCAACAGGUCGAUCUACUGGGCAGACGGAUAUGUGUUGGUUUUCUCCAUCACAGACCACAACAGCUACAGAACCAUCCAGCCACUGUACCAGCACGUCAGGCGCAUACACCCCUCUGGAAACAUACCGGUUAUACUGGUUGGCAACAAGAGUGACCUGCUCCGAGCCCGACAAGUGCCUGCAGACGAAGGCGAGACAUUAGCAGCUUCGUUAGGAGGAGUUUACUUUGAGACCUCAGCCAGAGAAAACCACGAGGGAGUCCAUACUGCCUUUCUACAUCUUUGUCAGGAGGUGAUCCGAGCGCUGGGAGGAGGGAACGGGGAGAAGAGGAGAGGAGGACUCCACCUGGCCAGACCCAAAUCUCCUAACAUGCAGGAGCUGAAGAGGAGGUUCAGGCAGGUACUUUCCUCCAAAGUCAAAUCAGCCACGACCAUCUGAUCGCAGGAGGGCAUGAAAAAUGACAGCCUGCAGCCAGGCACGUGGCAGAAAUAAGAGCUAAAAUGCUGAAGAAAAAAAUCACAAGAGGAGUUUAAUGUUUGGGGUCUGGAGCUGUCACUGGCACGAAAAAGACACGGUCUCUGUGGUGAUCAAAGCUUUUCAAAGAGCACAAGGAGUCCUCAUCGGAUGGAUGAAAAGAAAGCUUUGAUGGAGCUUUCUGCCAAACGAGUUCUGCUGAAAGAGACUUACGGUCAACACGACCUCUUUCCCAGCUCGAGUACAACAAAGACUUGUUAAACACAGCCAAACAAACAGCUCGCGUUGUGUCAGAAACUGCAGGUUUAUCUUGAAGGGCAGCAGAACUUUCUGACUUAUUUGGCCAAUUGAUGUCGUAUUUCAUUCAGGUUAAAAGUCCCUGAAUACAACAUGAACAAAGUUAAUUAAAUAUACCAAAACAGCAAAGACUUAUCAACUUUAUCCAGUUUGUUUUAUAUGACUCAACAUCUCUUAUUUCAUCUCCCAGCUGUUACAGUUUCAUUACAUUUUUUUACUUACUUUGGGGAAUAAAAUGGUAU